AACUCCUUUUUUUGCUCUUCACAAUUUUAUCUCAGAUUAAACCCUAAAAGACUCGAGAUCAAAAUAAGGCCAGAUCAUUCUUCGGUUCUCUUAUCUCUUCAUCCCAUUCAAUUCAAAUUUAGGUUCACUCACUGUCAUUCUGUUGUUUAAUGUUGAAGUUUUAGAGCAAUUAAACUUUCAUUAAGAAAUCAAGAUUUAUGGUAGUCAAUGGCCAGGAAAAAGCAUACCAUGCCGGCUCAAAACAAUUCAGGUGAAGGUUACCAAUGUGAUGAAAAACUUCCCAAAGUCAAUUGGUUGCAGCAUGUUGACGCUCAUGAUAAAUUUUCAUGCCAAAAGAAGUUUCUGUCAACGAAUUUCCUUUUCUCCAUGGGAAGGCAAAAACCUUGUACUCAAGGAGAAAUGGUUACACAGCUGAUGUCCUGUCAGAUUCAAGAUUCCCAAAAAUUCCAGCAUUCUCAGGUUGAAAAGGCUUGGCAGAUUCUUUCCAGCCUUCCAACAUCUUGCAGGACCUACUUAAGACCAGGAACAACUGCUCCAGUUAAGACUUCAGUUGAUGAGAUUUCAAAUAAUCGGAGAAGAAGCUCUACCCUAAUGGAGUCAUCAGACAUGAAACAGUCUGAAAAUAUGCAUGUCCAUCCUAACAGCAAUGAAACUGAUGACAUGAUCAAUGGAUAUGGAAGGUUCUUGACUAGUUAUUUUCCAUCAAAUAAUGCCAAUUCUGUGGAAGGUGGAAAUAAUCAACGAGGGAACAGUGAGAUUAAACCAUCAGUGUUCAGCCAUAGUAAUACUAAAGUAUUAGGUGGAUCAUUAAGGAACCAAACUGUCCAUGCUGAGCAACUGGGUCUGCUUGCAGAGGUUUUGACUAAUGAAAUUGAUGACGAUGACCUACUUAAGGAUAUUGACGUGGACCAGAUUGUCUCAGAACAUUAUCAAUCAACUUCUACACCUCAACCUUCAGUUUCUAAACUUCCACCCAUUACACCAAGUGUGGAUAAAAGUGCUUUUGCUGGACAAGAAGAAACUUAUUUACCUCCUGAAUUAUGCUCAAACUGCAGUCAUUGGUGUAAGUUAGGACAUUGCCCAGAAGCUGGUAGUCAUGUGCAGGAGAUGAAAGACACGUUGAUUGCUGUGUCAAAUGAAUUACUUGACAAUGCUACCAACCUGAGUCCAGAGCAGAUAGAGAAGCUUCGUCAAGAUAGGUUGCAGCUAAAUAAGCAAAUUCAGCAGCUUGAAAAAUAUAUAUGCGAUGUGGAAAGGAAAAGCUCAAGUUUUUUAGCAUCAACGACACACACUUCUCAUUAUGGAACACCACAAACAGCUUCAUUCAACACUAACACAAUUCAAUUUGAUGCCCAGGUUCAUUUACGUAAUGAACCAAAUGGGUAUGACAAUUGGAAUUCAUCAACAGAUACAUUCUCCUCUGUAAAUAGUUUUGGUGUUCCAUCAGGUCCUAUUGAAAGAGAACCAUAUGUUCCACAGAUUAUUGAUGUAAAUUAUAUUGAAGGCUCAAAUGACCAAAAGUGGAGUAGUAGAGAUUUUCCCUGGACUAAAAACCUGGAGGAAAAUAACAAAAAAGUGUUUGGGAACCACUCAUUUCGCCCCAACCAAAGAGAGAUUAUUAAUGCUACUAUGAGUGGCUAUGAUGUUUUUGUUCUUAUGCCUACAGGAGGGGGGAAGAGCCUGACAUAUCAGCUGCCUGCUCUUAUCUGUUCAGGAAUAACAUUGGUGAUAUCUCCCUUAGUGUCACUCAUCCAAGAUCAAAUAAUGCAUUUGUUGCAGGUAAAUAUACCUGCUGCUUACUUGAGUGCCAAUAUGGAUUGGACUGAACAACAGGAGAUCCUUAGAGAUCUUACUUCUGAUUAUUGUAAAUACAAGUUGUUAUAUGUUACACCAGAGAAAGUGGCUAAGAGUGAUGUCCUGUUGCGGCACUUGAACAUUCUAAAUACAUCUGACUUGCUUGCAAGGAUUGUUAUUGAUGAAGCUCACUGUGUGAGUCAAUGGGGACAUGACUUUAGGCCGGAUUAUCAGGGCCUUGGUAUCUUGAAGCAGAAGUUUCCAAAAACUCCAGUUUUAGCUUUAACUGCAACUGCAACAGCCAGUGUAAAAGAAGAUGUUGUGCAAGCUCUUGGUCUCAAUAACUGCAUUGUAUUCAGGCAAAGUUUUAAUCGCCCAAAUCUAUGGUAUUCUGUUAUCCCCAAAACAAAGAAGUGUGUGGAAGAUAUUGACAAGUUCAUUAAAGAAAAUCAUUUUGAUGAAUGUGGAAUUAUUUAUUGUCUUUCAAGAAUGGAUUGUGAAAAAGUUGCUGAGAAGUUGCAGGAAUAUGGACAUAAGGCAGCAUAUUAUCAUGGUAAUAUGGAUCCUUCACAACGUGCCUUUAUUCAGAAGCAGUGGAGCAAAGAUGAAAUCAACAUAAUUUGUGCUACAGUAGCAUUUGGAAUGGGUAUCAACAAACCGGAUGUUCGCUUUGUCAUUCAUCAUUCUCUUCCAAAAUCAAUUGAAGGUUACCAUCAGGAGUGUGGUCGUGCAGGUCGAGAUGGUCAACGCUCAUCUUGCUUAUUGUAUUAUAGUUACAGCGAUUAUAUACGCAUCAAGCAUAUGAUUAGUCAAGGUGCAGCAGAGCAAAGCCCCUCAAUGAAUGGAUAUAGUCGCUUUAAUAAUUCAGGGAGGAUUUUGGAGACAAAUACUGAAAAUCUCCUGCGUAUGGUUGGUUACUGUGAAAAUGAUGUUGAUUGCAGACGUCUUUUACAGCUUCUGCAUUUUGGAGAAAAAUUCAAUUCUGCAAACUGCCAAAAAACUUGUGAUAAUUGUUGCAAGGUUAAAAGUUCUGUUGAUAAGGAUGUCACAAAUAUAGCAAAACAACUGGUUGAACUAGUAAGAUUAACAGGCCAGCAGUUUUCAUCAUCGCAUAUAUUAGAAGUCUACAGAGGCUCCUUAAGCCAAUUUGUCAAAAAACAUAGACACGAGUCUUUCAGCCUGCAUGGCGCGGGAAAACAUUUAGCCAAGGGUGAAGCUUCCCGCAUAAUACAUCAUCUUGUUGUUGAGGAAUUCCUUUUGGAAGACGUUAAGAAGAGUGAUAUUUAUGGAUCUAUGUCGUCAGUGUUGAAGGUAUCCAUAGAAUUGAAGGCUAAAACUCUUUUCCUUGGUGGGCAGGCAAUAAUAAUAAGAUUUGCUAGCUCUGUAAAAGCAACUAAAGCAAGCAAACCAGAAGCCAAUCCAGCAAAAGGCUCCUUGACCGCUUCAGGGAAGAUAAGUCCACAAAGUGUUGAUACUUCAGCCCAAUCCCACUCCAUAGUCGACUUGAAUCUGUCUGCAAAACUGUAUUCUGCUUUGCGAAUGAUUCGAACUGCUCUUGUUAAAGAAGCCAGUGAAGGGGUCAUGGCAUACCACAUAUUUGGAAAUGCUACCCUGCAGCACAUAAGUAAAAGAGUUCCAAGAACAAAGGAAGAACUCCUGGAAAUCAAUGGCAUUGGGAAGGCUAAGGUAAUCAAGUAUGGAGAAUUAUUGGAAACCAUUGAAACUACCAUAAAGGAACACUACAAAACAGACAAAAUCGGCAGUGGCAGCAGCAAUGACAGUAAUGACUCGGCAAAGCGAAGAAGAGAUGCAACUGCUGCUCCACCAAAUGCGAAUGCCGGUGAUUACAACAACAACGAUGACUUCACCAGAAGCACCGGUAGAUCCAAGAAAAGGACAGUUGAAAGGAGGGCCAAAGCUGGUGAUCCGUAUCCUUCAAAAGACCCAGGUUAUUAUAACAAUACUGAUAAUGAUGAUCUAUGCCCUGCUGUUCAUGACCUUCAAUUUGAUGAUCUUGAUUAUUUACACGACGAUGUUGAAUCGAAUGGGAACUGCCCAGAGGUAGGGGCCAACUUGAAUGGUGUAGUGAGGGUGCUACCUUCUUGGUCAAGAACAUGACAUAACGGGUAAACUGUAACACGGAUUUGUAGCUGAAUGUUUUGAUUUUGUUGAAGGAAAUGUAAAUUGUAUACACUACAUUUCGUCUAAAAUGCCGGAACACGUGGUUUUGAGAGGCAUUCUUUGUUCCG